AUGGCGACUAUCCCGGUAAAGCGCGGCCAGGUCUGCGACAACUGCCGAUUCCGCAAGGUCAAGUGUGAUCGUGGCCUGCCCUGUAAGAACUGUCACCUCGGGGACCUCCGUUGCCAGUAUCGCCACAGCAUUCGGAGGAAGGGCCCAAAGCAGGGCCAAGGGAGACGACAGACGCAGCUGAGACAGGGUUUGGGUAUUGAUGAGUAUCAAUUCCAGAUACUCACUUCGGAGGCGCCGCCUGGAUCAGCCAGCAAUAGCCAUGAAGAUGCCUCAACAGAUGCUCACCUCAACGCUCAGUCAUUCUCAUCUCCACCAACAAACGUCGACACUGCUCCACAACCAGAGCCAGAACCUGAAUCAGAUUCAACAACAUCACCCAAUGAAGCGGGCAUCGAUACCGGAGACCUCUGCAACCGCAUGUCGCUGUCACUCGUUGCUCACAUACGGCUCUUCCAGAGAUUUCUCUACCCUAUUAUGCCAGUCGUCGACGAUGAUAUCCUCGCCGAUGCAGCUCGACUGGAUGACCUGCCACCUUCCAGAUACGCUCUCAUCCUUGCAAUAUGUGCUGCAACAAGAAUGCAGCUCCGGUUAGACAAAAGGAUCGACAAUUGUGAGAACGAUCUCAACGCACAAAUCCCAGCAGAGCCACGUUUAACGGGAGACAUGCUGGUUAGCCUGGCCGAGACCUCAGUUCGUCAAUACAGUGUCAUCGAUGAUACAACUCUCGACUCAAUACUCGUCUCGUUCUUCCUCUUUGCAAGCUACGGAAAUCUGAACGAUCCGCGCCACGCUUGGUUCUAUCUCAACCAGAGCAUCACCCUUGCGCAGUCCCUUGACCUGACAAAAGAGUCCGGCUACUAUGGCCUGCCUGCUGAACAGCGUGAGAAGAGAAGACGCGUCUUCUGGCUUCUCUUUGUUACAGAAAGAACCUUUGCUCUCCAGCACAGAAGAUCCGUCAUGCUUCGAAGCACAGUCAACAAACCCCAAAUCGUCGACUCAAAUUGUCCGGUAGUGAUGCACGACUUUAUAAACCACAUCCGCCUCUUCGAAUCUCUUCCAUACUCCCUGUACGAAUGGCAGCCUGAGGGUGAUGAUCAGCGCUUCGAUGACUUGAAGCUUGUGCAUACCAUCAACGAAAAGCUCUGCAGUGUGCAGCCAGACCAAUCGAUCAUUGAGAGUCAACGAUUCGAUACGCUCAUCACUCAACAGUGGCUUCGGAUAUCCAUGUGGAGGAUUGCGUUUGGCCAGAAUCCUUCGUCGGCGUCUGGCUUUGGACUGCUACUUCCACCCUCGCUUCCCAUGGAUGCAGGAAAGAUCAUCAUGUCAGCCUUGGGGUCUGUUGGAACCAAGUCAAAAGACUGUCAUGGCAUUGGGAUGGAACAAAAGCUCUUUGACGUCGGCAUCAGUCUUGCAGAUACUGCUCAACUCCCCGGCUGGACAUAUUCUGCCCUUGAAAAUGGCCCUCGUGACUUACUCUCCGUCGUGAUCCAUGCCCUAUCAGCCGUUCGAGGCGCCCAGUCUCACUUGUUGCCUAAUCUUCUAAAGCACUCGGAAACAUUGUUUACUCUUGCAGAUCCCAAUGCGCAUCUCGAUCUUCAGUGGGACAUGCAAGGCGCAGAAAAUGAUGAGAGGCUAGCGAUUGUUGAAGAGUUAUCACCGGACGAUGAACAGCCCGUGGACCCGUUGGGCUGGGUUCCAGAUGGUAACCUCGACCUUCUGGACCUGAGUACGCCUGUGGUGACGACGACUUGGGCGGAUGCAACUAUUGCGUGUGGACGAUUCGAUCCCGAGAUUGGACUUGUUUUUAACUGA